GCAAUCCGGCACCAACAGAUUAAAAAGGACACUAGAUACUAUACGUGUUUGGCGACCUUUGAUGUUUUUGACUUGUCCCAUUCUUCCCUCUAGCUUUUUAUCUGCUCGCUUUAUAUUUCGAUGUUCAAUCAUAAUUCUUCCAAACCAUAUACGCAUAACUAUAUUCUCUUGUAUUAAUUUUCUCGAUCCCGAUUUCACUUUAUUUUAGUAUACGAGAUCCUCAACAAUGUUUGCCAAGCGAUUAUUGCAGAAAGCAGUUGCAGUUGCUCAGGUGAACCAAUCUGGUUUACUACAAGGGGGUUUGAGACCAGACGAUUUGAAUUUACAUGUAACGUUGCACUAUGGAAUUCCAUCAACAUCAUCUCUCUUAUCCUUUGAUCCCUUUCAACGAAUUUUAGCUGUGGCAACAUUGGAUGGAAGAACAAAAAUUAUUGGUGGUGCAGGCAUUGAAUGCCUUCUAGAUUCACCUUUAGAGUUGCCAUGCAAAUUUCUAGAGUUUAUGAAUAAUGAAGGUUAUCUUGUGAGCAUUUCCAAUCAAAAUGAUAUUCAGGUAUGGGAUUUGAAUAGACGAGCAUUGGCAUGUUAUAUCCAGUGGGAAUCAAACAUCACUGCAUUUACUGUUAUUCAGGGAACUUCUUGCAUGUAUCUUGGGGAUGACCUAGGAAAUGUUGCUGUUGUCAAAUAUAAGAAAGAAAAGGGAGAAAUUUCUCGGAUGCCCUAUCAUAUUCCUGUACACAUAGUACAAGAAUCUUCAAAGGAUCCAGACCGUUUUCCAUCUUCUGUGGUUGGCAUUUACCCACAACCGUCUGCUUCUGGCACCAGGGUGGUUAUUGCAUAUGAAAAUGGAUUGAUUAUUCUAUGGGAUUUAUAUAAAGCAUGUGCUGUUGCAAUCAGAGGUGGUGCAAAUCUUAAUUUGAAGAAUGAUAAUGCGACCAGUUCUAUAGGGAUGCGAGAUGAAACAGAGGUAGAAGCAGAUGAUAGCGAUGAAGACAAAGAAAUUUGCUGUGCUUGCUGGGCAUCUGUGGAUGGAAGUAUUCUUGCUGUGGGAUAUACUGAUGGAGAUAUUUUGUUGUGGAGUAUGCCAUCUGGUACAAGCAGUAAAGAUCGACAUUCAGAUGUUGGCAUUUCUUCAAGUAAAACUGUUGUCAAGAUACAGUUGUCCUCUAGCAAACGCAGAAUCCCUGUCAUAGUAUUACGAUGGUGUACAAAUGGAAAGCAUGAUUUGGAAGAUGGAGGGCAGCUAUUUGUAUAUGGUGGUGAUGAAAUAGGAAGCCCUGAAGUUGUGACGGUCGCUGGUAAAAGGUCAAAGCAAUUACUCAUUUACAUUCUCCAAAGAAAUUUCAUGAUGAAAGACCUCCUUCUAUUGGUACUGUGCCUCAAAUGGUCUCAAGGGAUGGUGAGUUUGACUUGCACUUCACGCCUUGAUAUUGCACUCCAUGGAUCUUUUGCAGACAUGAUACUUUUACCAAGUGUUGGAAGUGCAUUGGAUGGUAAAUACGCUGCCCUUCUUGUUUUAACAAAUCCAGGCCAUUUACAUGCAUAUGAUGAAGUUAGCAUAUCAGAGGUUUCACUUAGCUCAGAAGAAGACAGGUGCUCCAUUCCUCCCCAGUCUGUUCCUGUACAAGCACCAUUUGCUGAACCAUGUAUAACUAAGGCAGCACUUGUGCUUAUACCUAAGAAUGUAAACACCUCUAAAAUAUUGUCUCAGUUACAGCGAACCAUGCAAAUUACUGGACCAUCUAAUCUCGCUUUGGGUGGAAAGUGGCCUGUCACUGGCGGAAUUCAUGCGUCAUCAUCAUUUGAGAAGAGUAUGAACGUAGAGAUGAUUUACAUAACUGGGCAUGAAAAUGGGUCUGUUAGAGUUUGGGAUGCUUCAGUGCCAUUUCUAUGUCUUCUUUGCUCCAUAGAAAAUAAGACACAAAAUCUCACUUUACCCGGAGGUAACGCUUCAAUAUCAUCUUUGGAGUUUUGUCCAAUUGCUGAGAUUUUGGCUGUGGGUGAUGAACAAGGAAUGGUGCGACUUUACAAACUUAGUGCAAAAUCUGCUGAUAUAAGUUGUCAGGUUAUUAGUGAAGAUGUAAAGCAAGUUCAUUUUCUGCAAUGGGAAAGUGGUUUCCAGUGUGUUGCUGUCUUUUCCAUUCAUCAAUCUCCAAUAUGCUCCAUUUAUUUUGCAAAAGCUUCUCGCCUAUGUGUUGCUUCUGAAGGUGGUUUGGUUUCAGUCAUCAAUCUUGAUUCAUUCACAAUUUUGUUCCAUUGUAACUGCUUAAGGGAUAAGAGUACAAAAAUUAUUUCAGUAAUAAUGAAGACAGUUGUAGCAUCAAAGGGUCUGCCACCUUCUCCAACACAACAAAAAUCAGAAAGACAAGGAGAAAAUGAUUCAACCAAAGAGUUAAGUGUUGUGUUUGUCUUAACCAAGGAUGAAAAUGUGAUCACCAUUGAUGGUGAUACUGGUGCCUUCCUAGGUUCUGAACCUUCACAUCCCACACACCAGUCAACUGCGGUGUCGUUUCAACUGAUAGAUACUAUUGGGUGGACUCAAGAUGGAGUGACACAUUCGUUAUCUCAAGAUUCAAAGCAUGGACAUUUCACAAACAAGUUCAAAAAUGAGCUUGAAGAGAGCCAGAGGGAUCCAAUUAAUGAAACUAAAGUACAGUCAGAACUUGAAGAGUUGGGAAAUACAAUUGCAAAAUCUGGAGAGAGUUUGCAAACUUUACUUUUAUUGCUUUGCUCAAGGGAUGCUUUACGCUUAUAUUCUGCAGCCUCUUUUAUUAAGGGAAAGAGUAAAUCUGUUCGUAAGGUAAAACUGGAGAUACCGUGUUGUUGGGCAUCAACAUUCAUGAACAAGGAUCAAAAUUUAUUUGGCCUUGUUUUGUUGUGUGAGAGUGGGUUGCUUGAAUUUCGCUCUUUGCCAAACAUGGAAGUUAUAGGAAGUGUUUUUAUAAGUAGCCUUCUACGAUGGAAAUAUCAUCCCAACAUAGGGAGAACAAUGUCAUCUUCUGGAAAUGGCCGCAUUGCUCUUGUCUAUAACAAGGAAAUGGCUUUUCUCUCCAUCCUAGCAAAUGAAAAUGAUCUCAGGAUUCCAGAUUCUUUACCAUGCCUAUAUGAUAAAGACCUUGCAGCAGCUACAGAUGCUGCACUUAAGGCUGGCAUCCACCAAACACGAAAGAAGAAUCAAAUUCAGGGAUUCCUUGGUGGUGUAAUUAAGGAAAUCAAAGGGGGUGUAUUAAGAAAUGCAUCUCCAGAGCGCCCUAUAACACUAAAUCUAGGCUCAGAUCUUUCAAAUAUCUUUGCUUGGUGUCCAUUUCCUGAACUCUUUACAGUUGAGACUGAUGAUGGAACAGAAUGUCUGGAUAUUGAUGAUAUUCAAAUUGAAGAAGACUCUUUCAAUUCCUCUCCAUCAUCGUCUUCUCCAGCUAAGACCGGAAGACCACUUGAUACACAGAAACCUGACACAAAAGAUAAAGAAAGUGAAAGGCAGAAACUAUUAAAUUUAAAACAAGAUGAUGUCAAACCAAGGCUUCGAACUCCAGAGGAAAUUAAGGCUGCCUAUGGUCAUAAGACAACUGGGGAUGUUUCUGAGGUAGCAGGGGUUGCAAUGAAUAGGCUUCAUGAGAGGGGACACAAGCUUCAGAAAAUCGGCAAGAACACAGAAGAACUACAGGCAGGAGCAGAGAACUUUGCAUCCAUGGCAGAUGAACUUCUGAAGACAAUGGAAGGCAGAAAGUGGUGGCAAAUAUAGUGAUGAAUUUUUUUCACAUUUUCAUAGAGACUCCUAUGCAAUAGCUCGAUAUUGUUGUAAAAGGAACAUUACGAGUUUAAAUUCAAUGAGGAAAUUUAAAGUUCAAGUCCUCCUUUUAAUUUAAUUUUUUAUUUAUUUAUAAUUUUUUCAUUACUAACUAUUUUUCUUUGUAAUUGUCGUCCUUGCCUCAAAUAGACAUAUCCGAUUAAAAUGUACUUUUGUGCAUAUCUUACGAUCCAUGUCAAUGACAUUUGGUGUUUCUACUUUCAA